GGUGGGGGAUAAACUCCAGCGCCCAAGAAGCUCUCCCUAUGUGCUGGGCACCAAGCAGUCCGGAUGAAGCUGGGCUUAGGACUUUCUAUUUCACGCACUCCAAUAUUUGGUACUCUUGCUCCGGAUACAGGUAGAAUCGGGGCUCCAGGACACCACAAUGACUUUGUCUCGGUCUCCAAUGUCUUCAGUGUCUAACGGAGCUACCGAGUCCGCGGGUGUGUGUGUGUGCGCGGGGGGUGAGGAAGUGAUGGCUACAGAAUCAUGAUGGAUUGUUAGAAACCUUCCCCGGAGGCGACCGCUGCUAGGAUUCUCUCUGCCGGCCUUGGCUGGAGAAGGCUGGGACAGCGUUACAGCUCCAUCUCCUAUUGGUGGCGGCUCCAAACCUCCUCCGCCCACUUCAGCCCACACCAGGAGCCCAUGGGUUCCAGACGCUAUCCAGGAGAGGUCUUCCUGAGCCAUCUCUGCGCUCAGACAUUGAUCCCCAGCCCUCGGCAGCCGGUUACCCUGAAGACUACAAAGGGACCGGGAGAAAUUGAUGUGCUGGGCAAAGCUGGACUAAAGGGUUCCACUCAUUUUUUUUUUUUUUUUUUCUCAGCUGGAGAAGAGGGUCCACGAAAGCCACCGAAAGAAGCGCCAAAGGGAGGCUGCAGUUUGGAAAAAGGACCAGGGUGGAAAAAGGACCACAAAGUGUCCCUCCAAUUUCGCCACCUACCCACAGUCCAUGCAACCACGCGCGCAUCUCCUGCCCAGGAGCCCAAGUCCCUGAACAAUGGAAGUCUCUAACCUCUCAGGCGCCACCCCUGGCAUCGCCUUUCUCCCGGGGCCGGAGAGCUACAGUGACAGCCCAAUUUCCGGCAGGGGCGUGGGGUCCACCCCAGGUGGGCUCAUCUUGCCAGGCCCGCCCUUCUCUGUCUUCACCGUGCUCGUGGUGACUCUCUUGGUGUUGCUGAUCGCUGCCACUUUCCUAUGGAAUCUGCUAGUUCUGGUGACCAUCCUGCGCGUCCGCACCUUCCACCGCGUGCCACAUAACUUGGUGGCCUCGACAGCCGUCUCGGACGUGCUUGUGGCGGCCCUGGUGAUGCCACUGAGCCUGGUGAGCGAGUUGUCGGCUGGGCGACGUUGGCAGCUGGGCAGGAGUCUGUGCCACGUGUGGAUCUCCUUCGACGUGUUGUGCUGCACGGCCAGCAUCUGGAACGUGGCGGCCAUCGCCCUGGACCGCUACUGGACCAUCACGCGUCACCUACAGUACACGCUGCGCACCCGGCGCCGCGCUUCGGCGCUCAUGAUCGGGGUCACCUGGGCACUGUCCGCGCUCAUCGCGCUCGCCCCGUUGCUCUUUGGCUGGGGCGAAGCCUAUGAUGCUCGGCUGCAGCGUUGCCAGGUGAGCCAGGAGCCCUCCUAUGCCGUCUUCUCCACCUGCGGAGCCUUCUACCUGCCUCUGGCAGUGGUGCUCUUCGUCUACUGGAAGAUAUACAAAGCCGCCAAAUUUCGCUUCGGCCGCAGACGGAGGGCUGUGGUGCCCUUGCCUGCCACCCUGCAAGCAAAGGAGGCACCUCAGGAGGCCGAGAUGGUAUUCACGGCACGGUGCAGGGCCACAGUGACCUUCCAGACAAGCGGAGACUCAUGGCGGGAGCAGAAGGAGAAGCGAGCGGCCGUGAUGGUGGGGAUCUUGAUCGGCGUCUUUGCGCUGUGUUGGAUCCCGUUCUUCCUGACGGAGCUCAUCAGCCCGUUCUGUGCCUGUAGCCUGCCACCCAUCUGGAAAAGCAUAUUCCUGUGGCUCGGGUAUUCCAAUUCCUUCUUCAACCCCUUGAUUUACACAGCUUUUAAUAAGAACUACAACAACGCCUUCAAGAGCCUCUUCACUAAGCAGAGAUAAGAAGGGCUGGGAGACGGAAGGGAAGAGCAAGGGGAUUUGCAAUUCCCGUUUCAUCAGAGCCCUGGGGACGUUCUCUCCACCUCACGCCAAUGACAUUUUGGAAGUCCUACCAUUGGGCCUGGAAGAGUUCUCAUGAAGGGUGGCAACUGUCUGGCAGACACACUCAUGCCUUCUACAGAAGGACAUGACAGACAUUACUAGUGGACUGUGGUACAUGCCUGCACAUGUGGGACACAAACCCCGCCAAACCCUUACAGGAUGUAGUUUAGGUAUUACUGAUAAAUCAUUAGACUUGGCACGUGACAAAGCUGAUUUGCUUUUGUUUUAUUUAAUACUCUGUUCCUUGGGGGGGGGGGAAUGGUCUCUCAGGGUUUUCCUGAGACUGUCUCCCUGACAUAGCUUCUCCUUUACCCUUUCUUUAUCCACCAAAGGAGUUUACCUUUAUUAGCUUCCUACACAUCCUCAACAAGGCAAUGAUUCUUAGUUUGGGAACACGCACCUCACCUGAAGCCUUGUUAAAAAGUGUUCCAUGCAGGUGUCUUCAAGACGGCUCAGUGGAUAAAGGCACCUGCCACCAAGCCUGGUGACCUGCUUUUGAGCCCCAGACCCGUCCAAUCUCCACAUACGUGCCGGCAGCCCGCUCCCCCAUGUGUACACAAAAUAAAUGAUACAUACAAUUUAAAGAUA